AUGCUUUCGCCGUCGACAAAGGCGGCCUGCUGGCUGACUACGUUUUUGAGCGUUUUUGUCACAGGUGAAAUGCCGAUCCAAGCAGAAGUAGUGCCUGAAUUCUUGCAAGCUUUGGAAAACCACACGGUCACGCAAGGUCGGGACGUCCACUUUACCUGUGUUGUCAAUCACCUCUCCAAUUAUAGGGUAGCGUGGAUAAAAUCGGAUUCAAAGGCAAUUUUAGCAAUUCACACAAACAUGGUGGCACUGAAUCCACGACUGUCCGUCACUUACAAUAAUCACAAUACUUGGAAACUUCACGUGAGCAACGUCCAGGCAAAUGAUUCUGGCACUUACAUGUGUCAAGUCAAUACUGAUCCUAUGAAGAGCCAGAUGGGUCACUUAUCGGUUGUGAUCCCGCCAGACAUCGUAGAUUCAGUCACGGAAGGCAGUUCGGCGAGAGAAGGGGGAAGUGUGCGUUUAACUUGCAGUGCGACCGGCGUCCCGCCGCCCACAGUACUAUGGCGAAGGGAGCACAACCGCCCAAUCGUCUUCAGACACGAUGGAGGAAGAGAGAAAAAAGUAGUGGACAGUCACAAAGGGGAGAGCCUAGAGCUGUCCCAUGUACAGAGGACAGACAUGGGCGCGUAUUACUGCAUUGCGAGCAACGGAGUGCCGCCCACCGUCAGUCGCCGAUAUCACGUGCAGGUGCACUUUAUACCGCUAGUCAAAGUGACAAAUCAACUAGUUGGAGCUCCGAUUGGCAGCGAUGUGGAACUUCAAUGUUACAUAGAAGCUUCGCCUAAAGCUAUGAAUUCGUGGUACCGUGAGGAUGCUUUAGUAAGCGACAAACUAUUAGAAAAUCCCAAAUUUCGCAUCACGGAAACGACAGUGAACGAGUAUUCAAUAUGGAUGAACCUGACUAUAAAGUCCCUGGCGCCAGGCGAUUUCGGCACUUAUGUGUGCGCUUCCGUCAACGCUUUGGGGAAGAUGGAGAGCCAAGUCAGCUUACAUAGACUGCAACUCAGUAUGAACGGCUACGCAGACGAGCCGAUGGUGUCGGGGGCGGCUUGGCAGCGAGCAAGGAACUUGCCAGCCACGCGUCCCGCAGCCUCGCAUGCCCACCAGUAUCUCAAACACCUACCACCACAACUAUACGCCCUAUUACUCACAACUCUUAGAUAUAUACAUACGUUU